AUCUUAUGAAUAAAUCAUUCACGUACGAAAAAAAGAAGAGAGAAACAAAAUCGGGGCAACAUCGUGAGAUCUCGACCGAGGCAGAGUUGUGUCGUGUGGUUUGGAUUGAAACUCGAAUUUAACAAAUCACAAUACAGAACGAAGAAUCAACGAUGGUGAUGCCAUUACUUGCUUUCAUUGUUGCUGCACUUUUCAUUCCCAAUGGAUUAGUCUUUGCAAUUCCCUCCACUGUUCCCGCAUUCCUUUGGUCAUCUCAUUAUAAAUUGAUCUCAGACAAUGGAUUGAAGGAGUCCGUUAAUUAUCAGGUCAUUUCUCCGAAAGACCUAGCAAAGUCUGUUUUAUCUGAAGCAGGAUGGUCAAAUUUUCUGUGCAAAGGGAAGAAAUUUCAGGAUCCUCUCGAUCUGGCACUUCUAUUUGUUGGUGGAGAGUUACAGUCUUCAGAUUUAAGCUUGAACAAGCAUGCAGACUCGGCUCUUUCUGACUUUCUCAAGGACUCUUUUGUCAGAUCCAACACUUCCAUGGCAUUUCCUUAUGUUUCAGCAUCAGAGGAUGUGAAUUUGGAAGACUCAUUGGUUUCAGGAUUUGCUGAAGCCUGUGGAGAUGAUUUAGGAAUUGGCAACGUUGCUUUCCUUGGAUCUUGCUCUAUGGGCACUGGAAAUCGUGAAGAAACUAAAGCUUUACACUCGGUUCAAGCCUAUUUGACCAAGAGGAAGGAAGAGAGCCACAAAGGGAAAACAGAUUUGGUUGUGUUCUGCAAUGGUCCUCAAGCUUCAAAAAAUGUUGACAGAACACAAUCUGAAGGUGAAGUUUUAUCCGAGCUUAUCAGCUCUGUAGAGGAAUCUGGGGCAAAAUAUGCAGUACUUUAUGUGUCAGAUCUCUCGAGGUCAAUCCAGUAUCCUUCUUAUAGGGAUUUGCAAAGGUUUCUAGCAGAAAGUACAACAGGGAAUGGAUCAACCAAUUCCACAGCUUGUGAUGGAGUCUGCCAGCUUAAAUCAUCACUUUUGGAGGGACUUUUAGUGGGAAUAGUUUUGUUAAUAAUUUUGAUAUCGGGCCUUUGCUGCAUGAUGGGAAUUGACAGCCCAACAAGAUUUGAGGCGCCACAAGAGUGAUGAUCCAUUUGUUAAAGAUAAUAUCUGUUCUGGUGCUAGGUCUACUGCAUUAAAAUAUUACUGCUAUAUUAAUUGCGAUUUUUUACGGAGGCUCAGAUGAAUGUCCUGUAAUUUUUUUUACUUAUUUUAGAAACUAAACGUGUUGAAUGUUAAAAAUAAUGUGUACCAGUGUAUAAAAGUAAAACAUCUACCGAAGGUUUUAAUUUUGAUCCUGCGGGUGUUGUAAAAUUUUAAGUAAGAAGCAAUUUCAGAAUAUGUUGUGUGUUCUGUUUUGUCAUAUUGUCUGAACCCUAUUCCUUAAGGAUCGGAUAUACAGUUA